AUCCAAUCACAAGCCGUGGUGUUGAUACGUCACCGCCUUGGUCGCUUUUCAGCAGGAAGAACGGCCACGAUUUAUUUCCCGUCGGUGUAAACAGCUUCAUAAAAGCGUUUUUUUUUUUUAUUUAAUUCAGACACAGAUUGACUCUGGAGUCACGUGUUUCCGCUUCAGCCGCUGCUCACUAACGUUACCGGACAGUUCGGGUUCAUGUCGGGCUGACGGAGGGAGAAGCUAACCGGACAGCUAACCAGCUAACAGCAGCUGCUAUCCCUGCCGCUUCGGUGCCGGUGACCGUCAGAGUUCAGUCGGUGCAUGGGUGAGUGAAGGGCAGCCAUGAUGAGCGCGGAGCCGGACGCCCUGGCCGUGGUCAACCAGCUGAGGGACCUGGCCGCAGACCCCAUGAACCGCAGGGCCAUCGUCCAGGACCAGGGCUGCCUGCCGGGACUCAUCCUGUUCCUGGACCACCCCAACCCUCAGGUGGUCUACUCCGCCCUGCUGGCGGUUCGUUACCUGGCAGAAUGCAGAUCCAACCGGGAGAAGCUGAAGGGAGAGCUGGGGAUGGUGCUGAGCCUCCAGAACGUCAUGCAGAAGUCGACCACUCCGGGGGAGACGAAGCUCUUGGCGUCGGAGAUCUACGAGCUCCUGCAGGCGACCGGCGGCGCCGCCGAAUUGGAGCCGGCCGAAGAGGCCGUCAGCGGCCGCCGGAAAGCUCAGUUCUUCCUCGGCUCCAGCAACAAGAGGGCCAAAACCGUCAUCCUGCACAUCGACGGACUGGACGACUCGAGUCGGAGGAGUCUGUGUGAGGAGGCGCUGCUGAAGAUCAGAGGAGUCAUCAGCUUCACCUUCCAGAUGGCCGUGAAGAGAUGCAUCGUCCGAAUCCGAUCGGACCUGAAGGCUGAGGCUCUGGCAUCUGCCAUCGCGUCCACCGAGGUGAUGAAGGCUCAGCAGGUGGUGAAAGGAGAAAACGGAGACGAGGUUUUGAUGCCGUUUGCGGAGGACGGCUCGGUGGUGGUGGAGGAGAACGUGGACCUGCCGGACUACCUGCCCGAGGACGAGAGUCCGUCCCAGGAGCCCGACAAGGCGGUGAGCCGGGUGGGAUCCGGUCAGGACGGGGCCAGCUGGCUGGGGGCCGCCGCCAACUUCCUGUCCCGCUCCUUCUACUGGUGACCCCGCGGGGGCCGACGCACCCUCCACCCCCUCCUCCCCCCUCCGUUAAAACCUCCCGCCGCCCCCCCUCAGAACCAAAAUCUACCAGCUGCCAAAUCUCACCGCUGUCCGUCUCAGCCGGAGAGACGAGCGCUGCGACAGAACGGUGACCUCGUCACUUUAAACGCUGCGAUGAAAACACGCCGCUGUUACAGAGGAGAGGAGUCGAUCCUUUAGACCAAACAACAGGAUCGUGGUUUCUUGGAGAGAGAACUGCGGCGACGUUCUCUCUGUAAACGGGUCCAUCUGUUACAAACCAAAUUGUCUUAACGGAGCGGCGGUAUGAACAAACACCAACAAGUUAGAAAAACAAGAGGACUGAACAGGACGCCCCUCUCCUCCUUUUACCUUUUGAUUAUUUAUUUGACCGACAGACGACUGAGUGACGUUUCUUCUUCCUGCAGUUUGACGUGUUGUGAAAGACGAGUCAGUCAGCUGUGCCUUUUAGUUUUCUCUGAUCCACAGACGACUCUUAACUUCCUGCUGCUUCACUGAACGAUUUAGUCUUUAAAAUGUCAAAACGACGACAAACGCCGACAAACGAGUAACUCUCUGAACUCACCGUCACACAUCAUCAUCAUCACGCACAAACGAUGUCCAAACAAUCAAUGACAAGAAAAGAAAAUCUACUUCCUGUGACCAAACCAUCAGUCUGAAACCUGAAAGGUUCAGAUUUUUAUUAUUUUAUCAUCAAACCUUUUAAAAACGUUCAAAUUCAGACUCAUUUUCAUAGUAGUAUUUUGCCAGUGAUGUCUGCUUCUCUACCAACGAAGAAGAGGAAGUAAACACUAACAGCUGUUAUUCACAAUUAAUCAAAUUACCGUAUUGACACGAAUAUAAGACGAUAUUCAGGAAACGAUGUUUGGAGAAAGUAGACGUACGAGAUAACGAAGUGUAAAAUCAGAUAUUAUUUCUUUAUUAAAUGGAAACGUGACUCCUACAGAGUGUUGCAUUCUGGGUUUGUUUGUAGCAUUAAUGUUGCUAAGCUAGCUAGUUUUCUUCCAGUCUUGUGAGAGUCAGUCAGUUUCUGAAGCUUCGACAUCUUUAGUCUGAUUCACUAACGAGGGAUUUAAUGUCUCCGUGACGGAGGGAUGAAGAAUCUCAGGAAACGACUGUCAAAGUGUUUUAAUCUGAAAAAAGGGGCGUCGUCUUAUAUCCAGGACAAUACGAUAAUAAAAGCAAAGUUAUACGAGUUUUAAACUGGCUGAUGUUGAUCAUUAAAACACAAACAACCACAGGUGUCACUGAGAUCAAUACGACUGAUCGACAUGUCGUCUGUAAUCUUCGUAAACUGAAUCGUGGCGUUUGUCAUCGUUUUAGACGUUUCACAGAUUAAACCGUAACGGUGUCGCCUCGCUGUAACAUUACUGCAUCAUAGUGUUUAAUGGUUUAAUCAGAGAACAGACCAGUUUGAUUCCCCUUCACUCCCAGUGGGAAACAACAAACAAAC